CUGGAUUGUUUUGUGUGUGGGUUAUUACGGUCUUCUGCUUUCCACGAAGUCUCCAGGACAACGACCUUUUACAACCCCUUCUACCAGGUCAUGUCAACAUGUCGGCUAAUACUUCAAAACAGCUCCAAGAGAACGCCAGUCGAAGCAAAUCCAAUGUAUUCACUUCCACCGACACGCAGUCAGAGGUUGUCUACCCAUCGGGCCUCAAACUUGCGAUGUUGAUCGUGUCCAUCUUCAUAGGCAUGUUCCUUGUGUCUUUGGAUCGUCUCAUUAUUUCAACAGCCAUACCACAGAUCACUAAUGAGUUUGAUUCGGCGGAUGAUAUUGGCUGGUACGGCACAGCAUAUCUGCUUACCAACUGUGCCUUCCAACUGUUGUUUGGAAAGCUAUACCCUUCGUUCAGCAUCAAGGUCAUCUUCGUGUCAUCAAUUGUACUCUUUGAGGCCGGUUCAGCCGUUUGCGGAGCUGCACCUAGCUCAAUUGCUUUUAUCCUAGGUAGAGCCAUUGCCGGUAUAGGGGCUGGUGGCAUCCUCUCGGGAGUGAUGGUUAUUAUUGUCUAUGCAGUUCCCCUUCAUAAACGACCCAAGUAUCAAGGGUUGUUUGGAGCGGUGUUUGGUAUCGCUUCAGUUACCGGUCCUCUAAUUGGUGGCGCCUUCACCACGAAUGUCACCUGGAGGUGGUGCUUCUACAUCAACCUUCCAGUCGGUGCAGUGGUCUUGGUGAUUGUUUUCUUCCUACUCCAUAUUCCCGACGACCGACCCACCGCAAAUGCUCCUUUGAAGGAGAAGCUACGACAACUGAACGCCCUGGGAAUGGCUGUUUUGAUUCCCGGGGUUGUUUGUCUGUGUCUGGCCCUGGAAUGGGGUGGCACUACUUAUCGCUGGAGCAAUGGUCGGAUUAUGGCACUACUUGUGCUAGCUUUUGUGCUUCUUAUCGCCUUCGUCUUCAUCCAAGUGUGGAAGCCUGAGCAGGCGACUCUUCCCGCAAAAAUCUUCACCCAGCGCAGCAUUGCGUGCGGCUUUUGGGUGAGCUCCUGUCAGGGUGCACACAUGAUGUUACUAGUAUACUACCUUCCCAUCUGGUUUCAGGCCAUCAAGGGUGUCUCCGCAGUCAGUAGCGGUAUCCACCUCCUUCCCAUGGUGAUACCCUUAGUUACCGCAUCCAUUCUCACAGGCCAACUCAUUUCCCGGAUCGGAUAUUACACGCCGUUCCUAAUCUUCGGUGUGUGUCUUACAUCGAUAGGCGCCGGUCUACUGACCACGCUGAACCCAACUACAUCCCCGGGUAAAUGGAUCGGCUUUCAGAUCAUAUAUGGCUACGGCCUAGGCUCGUCUUCUCAGGCUCCCAACAUGGCCGCACAGACCGUUCUGCCACGAAAGGACGUCGCAAUUGGAGCCUCGCUCAUGUUCUUCGGUCAACAGCUCUUUGGGGCAGUCUUUACUUCUGUCAGUCAGAACAUCAUCUCCAAUCAACUGUCUGGGCGACUCUCCGACAUCCCAGGUAUCGGUAUUACUCCAGAGAUGGUUCAAAGAACGGGCGCAACCGAGAUCCUUAGCCUUAUACCCGAGCAAUAUCAUGCCGUUGCUUUGCAAGCCUAUAAUGAUUCACUCCGCAAGUGCUUUCAGGUUGGUGUUAUUAUGGCAUGCCUCGCUACCAUAGGUGCAUUUGGUAUGGAAUGGCGCAGUGUCAAGAAGAAGACUCCCCCUAGCAAAUUUGAAGUGGCGAGGACUGUUGAAGAGGCAGGCGAAAAAGGCAAUUUCGAUGACAAAGUGGGCAAGGCCUAGGCCUAGCACACUCAACCUUCAGUUACCGCGGAGAAUGUGGACGUCCAAACGGAGACUUCGGAAAAGGCGUCCCCGAAGAUGGCCACUUGAGCAAGCCAUGACCCCCGGGCUUGAUAAUAG